AUGCACGUCACAUAUCAAAUCCAACUAGUUUUGGUACAUGCUCAAAUCAUAACGACAUUAAUUUUAGCAAUUACAAUCUGGAUGGUGGAAGCUAAACAUGCCCAUAUAAAAAUCGUUGCUUAUGGAGCCGAAAUAAAGGAGUUAUGGAACAAUUUCUUUAUAGCUUACUCUAUUCUUCAAUUUUACAUUCUAUUGAUCAGAAGUGAAUCACAUCUUUUAAUGGGUAUUGUGUAUGUUGGUAAUGGGUGUGAAUGGUUAGCGUUUUUCUUAAAAAUAUACAGCUGGUGUCCAGAUGAUCCUUUGAAUGAAAUAAGUAAUGAAGUUUUGUUAUUAAUAACCCGUGAAAAACGUGCUUAUUAA